AUGGCUAGCUUGCUGCACCAGCUCAGAGCGCUGCGGUCCAUCCGCACCCCAGUCCUACUCCCCGUCCCCGACAACGUCGCCAGCUCGUCGACCAGCCAACAUCAACCGUUCCACCGCCUCGACGCCUGCGGCUUCGUCGUGUGCAAGCCCGACCUCGCACAGGUCCUGAGCGAACAGCUGUGCGGCGCGCUCGAGCAGCAGGCGGCUGGCUCCUGCCUUCCGGGCCGCACCGUCGACAUGCUUCAGCUCGCGCUAGACGACUUCCACGACAAGGCGCCCCUGUCCGACUACCACGACGCCAUGAUCGCGCACAGUCAUGUCGACCUCGUUCGAGCCCUCGAGGCCGUCGUGCCCGACCUCGAUGUCCUCGUCGGCAUCUCGCAGCAGCGCACGACCCGGGCCCUCGCCAUACCGCAACGCGCCGUCCCUGCACACGAUCCGCAAGGGUACGCUGUCGCGGCGCGCAUCAAGCCAGACCUGACGCUCGCCCGCCAGUUUCGCCCGAGCCUGAGCGAGCAGGCCGUCGUCACGAUCGAGGUCAAGACGCCGAGCGCGUCGGAGCCCGUGUCGGGCCUCUUUGCGCGCACGGCACAAGCCCUGCAGGACGGCGACGUCGUGCGGUGGAGUGAGCUCGAGGACGCCGACGUCCGCUCCGUCCUGAAGAAGGAAAUCGUCGCCGCCGUGUCGUACGGCCACAACAUGUUCGUCCUGUCCGACCUGUACACCUACCUCGUCGGCGCCAUCGUCUGGACCAGCACGGACCAGUACCACGUCGUCGUCUCGGGCCUCGAGCGCGUCUCGCCCGACCUACCCGACUCGAGCAAUUUCCUCUUGACGCUCCUUGGCGCCUUCUACGACCAGCACCUCGCCCUCACGGCGGGGCUCGCUCUCGAGGUUCGACGGCUCGUCGACGCCGCCACCGCGAGCCAAGCACGGCGCGCGCCUGCUCGUGCGGUCGGCCCGUCUUUCGUCGCCGAUAGCAACGCUCCACCAGCUCCUCGUCGCACUUCUCGAAACCAGUCAACGGUCAAUGGCAGUACUCGGUGCGCCGGCUUGACCGAGCUGUUCUCGUCCAAGAUUCUCGUCUGCACCUACCCCGACGGCACCUCCUUCCGCGCUCGGCGUGUCCUCACCUCGCCCUCGCCCUCGCCCUCGCCGACGCCCUCGUCCGCGCGCACCCAUUCGCCGACCUCGUCGCUCACCUCGAGCGCCUCCUCCACCUCCCUGCCCCCCAACCCUUCUCCGCGCUCAUCUCCUCUCGACUCGCUCGUCGGCGCCGGUCUCUCAUCCUACGUCUACUCGUUCACGCUCGACAGCGUACCGUGCGUGGCCAAGGUCGCACGUCGCGGGCUCGACGCCGCGCACGCCGUCGAGCGCGAGAUCUUCUGGUCGACGCGUCCAGACGUCGCUGCCCUCGCGCGCGACGACAACCUCGUCCUCGUCGAGGCGGUGUACGAGCGAGAGGGCGACGGGCGGCCCGUGCUGCUCAUGCGCGACGGCGGGCGGGCGUUGGAGCGGUGGGAGGAGCUGGAUCGCGAGCAAAGCACCUCACUUGUCCUCUCGGUCCUGCGCCUGCACCAGCUCGCGCACCUCGUCCACGGAGACCUCGCGCCUCGCAACGUCGUCGUCCCGGUCCCGGUUCCCUCUUCCUCCUCGUCCCCAGCCUCGCCCUCGACUCGUCCCCCUCGCCCAUCGCCGACGCCUCGCCUCAUCGACCUCGGCCACGCCACCGAGCACGAUCGGGCGUGCAAGGGCCGCGAGUGCGCCGAGGUGCGGCAACUCGUCGGCGAGCUCGCGCUCGAGCCGCUCGAGCUGGACGAGGUCGGGCGCAGGGCGGCGAGCGAGGGGCUAGUGUGCGAGCGAGCGAGCGAGCGCGCGCCGCACAUCCCCUCCUCGAACGCCGCCGCCGCCGCCGUCCACCUGCGCGACUUGCUCGCCACGAGCUCUCGCGCACGAGUCUACACGUGCACCCUCGACGACGACGACGAGCCGUACGUCGUCAAGAUCUCGCGCGGCGAGGGCGCCGACGAGCUCGAGCACGAGGCGCUUCUCCUCGCGCGCAGCGAGGUGCGAGCGCUCGGGGACGACGUCGCCCAAGCCGAGGCCGCCUUCUGCACGGCCGACGGCCGCAUCAUGCUCGUUGAGCGAGACGGCGGCGAUGCGCUCGAGAUGUGGGACGACCUGACGGAGCGGCAGCGCACCUCACUCGUCCUCUCGGUCCUGCGCCUGCACCAGCUCGCGCACCUCGUUCACGGCGACCUCGCGCCGCGGAAUGUCGUCGUCCCACCUCCGUCCUCCUCGCCCUCGUCGCCCUCGAUCUCGCCCUCGACUCGUCCCCCUCGCCCAUCGCCGACGCCCCGUCUCAUCGACCUCGGCCAUGCCGCCGAGCACGAUCAGGCGUGCAAGGGCCGCGAGUGCGCCGAGGUGCGGCAACUCGUCGGCGAGCUCGCGCUCGAGCCGCUCGAACUGGACGAGGUCGGGCGCAGGGCGGCGAGCGAGGGGCUCUUGUGGUAGACGGAGGAGGGGUGUGCGGCUCUCUCUGUGCUGUUGCUAUUUCAUUC